CAAAGGUUUGGGCCAGUGCCAUUCAUCAAGUCUACCAACGUACGGAAUCAAGUCGUCGUUAAUCAUUCAGCAUCUUUAUACCAGGCUCCUGAAGUCAUGCCUACCACCGAUGUCUCAAUCAGCCACACCGAUGUCCUCAUCAUCGGUGCCGGGCCCGCAGGACUGGCAUGUCUCGCUUUUCCUGUUCUUCUCCAACCGGAUAAAGUCACUGACAGAUGGCUUUCCUAGAUGAUGGCGACCUGGCUGGCCAAAUGUGGAAUCGACACGCGCAUCGUUGACAAGCGCGGCACCAAAAUCUUCAACGGACAAGCGGAUGGCUUACAAUGCCGCACCCUCGAGAUCUUCGACUCUCUCGGCUUCGGUCACCGCGCCUGGCGAGAGUCAAACCACAUGCUCGAGAUCCGGCUGUGGAAUCCGGAUGAGGCUGGAGUCAUUCGACUGAGCGACCGCAUCCCCGAUACCAUCCCAGGCAUCAGCAGGUUCCAGCAAGUGGUGCUGCAUCAAGGCCGCAUCGAGCGCUUCUUCCUCGACACCAUGCAAGAAUGCGGCGCGCACCCUGUGGAACGAGGCGUGCUGCCGGCCGAACUCACUAUCGACCAGUCGUUGGUGGAAGACCCGGACGCAUACCCCAUUUCCGUCCGUCUCCGUCAUCUGUCUGAGAAAGAGGCUACUCCUCAGCAAACCGCAACCUCCUUCAAUGGCCAAGCGGUGCAGGACGGCCUAUUCCGCAGCAAUAUGACAGCAGACGAUACCCACGAAAUCCUCGAAGCCGCCAAGCUAGACACCAAAGCCAACACGGAGGAGAUCGUCAAAGCAAAGUACAUGCUCGGAGCAGACGGUGCUCACUCCUGGACUCGCAAUCAGCUGGGUUUCACCCUGCAGGGCGACAGCACCGAUUUCAUCUGGGGAGUGCUGGAUAUCGUGCCCAUCACCGACUUCCCCGACAUUCGCAUGCGCUGUGCCAUCCACUCGGCCAAUUCUGGGAGCGUGAUGGUGAUUCCUCGCGAGAACAAGCUUGUGCGGCUAUAUAUUCAGUUGACGACCACCGAGAAUGCGGCGGACGGGGGUGCAGCCAAAGCAGACCGCACCAAGAUCAACCCCGACACCAUUCUGGCCUCGGCCCAGCGGAUCAUGGCGCCGUACAAGAUCACUUAUAGGAAGCUGGAUUGGUGGACGGCCUACCAAAUCGGUCAGCGUGUUGGCACCAAUUUCUCCGCCCACGAGAGAGUGUUCCUGGCAGGAGAUGCCGUCCACACCCACAGCCCCAAAGCUGGCCAAGGAAUGAACGUCAGCAUGCAAGACACCUUCAACCUAGGAUGGAAAAUCGCCAGCGUCGUCAAGGGCAUCUCCUCUCGCUCAAUCCUGAAAACGUACCAAUCCGAGCGCCGCCGCAUCGCACAGGACCUCAUCGAUUUCGACCACCGCUUCUCCCGCCUCUUCUCCGGUCGCCCGGCGAAAGACGUCAUGGACGCCGAGGGCAUCAGCAUGGACGAAUUCAAGGAAGCGUUCGUUAAGGGGAACAUGUUUGCCAGUGGGAUUGGUGAGUCCUGCUUUCCCUGCCUGUCAAGUGAUGCAACCACAACUGACGAAUGCAAAGCCGUCGACUACGGCGCAAGCCUCAUAGUCGCCAAAGCCGGAGACCCAGAAGACCAAGGCGACGGAACAGACGUAUCAGUCGCCCAAGAAUUCCGCGUCGAGUCAACACAAGACCUCGCCCCCGGCAUCCUAGUCGGCAAACGAAUGCCGAGCGUGAAAGUGCUCAACCAAUCCGAUGCCCGCCCCUGGCACUUCCAAGAACUCCUCCCCAGCAAUGGCCGCUGGCGCGUCGUCGUCUUUCCCGGCGACAUCUCCAAACCAGAGCAGCGGGCGAAGCUGGAUGCCGUAGGCGCAGCUAUGAACGACCAGUCCUCUUUCCUCCGCAAAUUCACUCCCCCAGACUCUCCGCACGACGCCGUCUUCGAGUUGCUAGCCGUGCACAGCGCGCCCCGCGGAACGACGACCAUCUUCGACUUCCCCGAAGUCUUUCGCCCGUACGACGAAGUGGAUGGCUGGGACUACUCCAAAAUUCUCGUGGAUGAAGAGUCGUAUCACGAAGGACAUGGGAAGAUGUAUGAGACUUUCGACAUCUCAUCGAAGGGCUGUGUGGUGGUGCUGCGCCCGGAUCAGUAUGUGUCGUAUGUGGGGCCUUUGGAGGAUGUUGGGGCUGUCAAUCGCUUCUUUUCGGGGUUCAUGAUUCCUUCGAAGGCGGCGGUUGGUGUGUCGGCGGCCAAGCCGGUUCCUGCCACGAACGGUCUUGCUACGAUGAAGGAGGGCAAUGGCGUGAAAGCUGCCGCGGUUGGUGCGGCGGGUGCACUUUAGAGUAGGGGAGACAAAGGGACUUGCGGGUAGUUUCACAAAUGAGAUCUUU